AUGCGUUUCUCGGCCAUCAUCUUCACCCUCUUCUCCGCCGGCGUCCUCGCUCAAAAUGGAUGCGGCUUUCCGGAUGGACCUGAUUGCCAAUCCCUCGGCAAGGGCGCCAAUGGACUGGAGCAAUUCGCAGACCCCGAUGGCUGCUGCUUGCUACCCCUCCGUUGUGGCAAUGGCGAUGGCGGCGAGAGAUGCGAGCGUGUAAGCGGUGCUAGUGCUGGCGGCGCGACGAACGGCAACAAUGGCAACACUGGCAAUACUGGUAACACUGGCAAUACUGGUAACACUGGCACUGGGAGGAACGGAAGGAACAGAAACAACAACAACAACGCCAACAAGAAGAGGCGCAUUUAG